GUGUUACAGGAUGACGUGCACAUUAAGGAGAUCAGUAUCACACACCAUGUGAAGGAGGGAUCAGAGAAGGCCGACCCUCGGCAGUUCGAGCUCCGCAAAGUCCUGGGACAGGGCUCCUUCGGCAAGGUGUUUCUGGUGAGGAAGAUCUCAGGGCCAGACGCCGGUCAGCUGUACGCCAUGAAGGUCCUGAAGAAGGCCACACUGAAAGUGCGUGACCGGGUCAGGACAAAGAUGGAGAGGGACAUCCUGGUGGAGGUCAACCAUCCCUUCAUCGUAAAACUGCACUACGCAUUUCAGACGGAGGGGAAGCUCUACUUGAUCCUGGAUUUUCUCAGAGGGGGAGAUCUCUUCACUCGUCUCUCUAAGGAGGUUAUGUUCACAGAGGAGGAUGUAAAGUUCUACUUGGCUGAACUUGCUCUGGCACUCGAUCACCUUCACGGCCUCGGCAUCAUUUACAGAGACCUCAAACCUGAGAACAUCCUGCUCGACGAGGAAGGACACAUCAAGCUGACUGACUUUGGCCUCAGCAAGGAGUCAAUCGACCACGAGAACAAAGCCUACUCCUUCUGUGGGACGGUGGAGUACAUGGCUCCUGAGGUGGUGAACAGGCGAGGACACACGCACAGCGCGGACUGGUGGUCAUACGGUGUGCUCAUGUUUGAGAUGCUGACGGGAACGCUGCCGUUUCAAGGCAAAGACCGGAAAGAGACGAUGACCAUGAUCCUCAAGGCAAAGUUGGGGAUGCCACAGUUUCUGAGCUCAGAAGCUCAGAGUCUCCUCAGGAACCUUUUCAAACGCAACCCGGCCAACAGAUUAGGAGCUGGACCAGAUGGAGUGGAGGAGAUCAAGAGGCAUCACUUCUUCAACACCAUCGACUGGAACAAACUGUUCCGCAGAGAGAUCCCCCCUCCUUUCAAACCGGCUGCAGGACGACCUGAUGACACGUUCUAUUUCGAUCCAGAGUUCACAGCUAAAACACCCAGAGAUUCUCCGGGUGUUCCUCCCAGUGCCAACGCCCAUCAGCUGUUCAGAGGAUUCAGUUUUGUGGCUAUAACAGAGGAGGAAACACAACCACUACCUAAUGCUAUAGUUCAGCAGCUGCACAGAAGUACGUCCCAGUUCUCAGACACCUACGAGAUCAAGGAGGACAUCGGGGUCGGCUCAUACUCCAUCUGCAAACGCAGCGUUCACAAAGGAACCGGCAUGGAGUACGCCGUCAAGAUCAUCAACAAGGUCAAGAGAGACCCGACGGAGGAGGUGGAGAUCCUGCUGAGAUACGGACAACACCCCAACAUCAUCACCCUGAAGGACGUGUAUGACGACGGCCGCUCCGUGUUUCUGGUGACGGAGCUGAUGAAAGGAGGCGAGCUGCUGGAUAAAAUCCUCCGACAGAAGUUUUUCUCUGAGAGAGAAGCCAGCGCUGUUCUCUACACCAUCACCAAGACGCUGGAAUACCUGCACGUGCAGGGGGUGGUGCACAGAGACCUGAAGCCCAGUAACAUCCUGUACGUGGACGAGAGCGGGAACGCCGAGUCCAUCAGGAUCUGCGACUUCGGUUUCGCCAAACAGCUGAGAGCGGAGAACGGCCUGCUCAUGACGCCGUGUUACACCGCCAACUUCGUCGCACCAGAGGUGCUGAAGAAGCAGGGUUACGAUGCCGCCUGUGACAUCUGGAGUCUCGGAGUCCUGCUCUACACGAUGUUAACAGGCUUCACCCCGUUUGCUAACGGUCCGGAGGACACGCCGGAGGAGAUCCUGGCUCGUAUCGGCAGCGGAAAGUUCUCACUCAGUGGAGGAUACUGGACGUCUGUGUCUUCUGAGGCUAAGGAUCUGGUGUCUAAGAUGCUGCACGUGGACCCUCACCAGCGGCUGACGGCAGGUCAAGUCCUCAGACACCCCUGGGUGACGCACAGAGACCAGCUGCCUAAGUACACCCUCAACAGGCAGGACGCACCGCACCUCGUCAAGGGGGCGAUGGCCGCCACCUACUCGGCCCUCAACAGGAACGUCCCUCCGAUACUGGAGCCGGUGGGCUGUUCCACUCUGGCGCAGCGGAGGGGCUUGAAGAAGAUCACCUCCACCGCUCUGUGACCUUUAUCCCCCCCCCACCUCCUCCCAUCAACUCUGACCUCAAUCUGACCUCUGCCGGACCCCCCCUCCCCCCUCCACCACCGCCGCCGCCGCCCCUCCCUCCUGUCCGGCGGUGCAGACUACUGAUGGACCAGGGAACCGCUGACGCCAAAUAGGAACCCUCCCCCUCCUCCCCCUCCUCUUCCUGUCCUGCACCUUAACGGACUCUCCUGAUUGGAUCAUCUGCUGUCUCACUGUAGAGUCCCGGCUUCGCCCAUCGACAGCCGGACCGGGCUGCGACGACAAACCUGACGACUCUUUCCCCGCCGCCGAGGCCCAGUCCUCCGGCGGCGUUUUUUGCUUUGGACAAUCACAGCUGCCUCGUGAACCGCGAGACGCGUCAGGACGAGGAGAGUACUGUAUUUAUUACUUCCAGACUAGUGGGGAUCCGAACAUAGGAACAUGGUAAUCUAAUGUAUGCAUUUAAAGGUCAUCGUUAUUAAACUGGCGUCCCGGUCGUGCGUAGCUGUAGAUUUACACCUCAAGUCGCCUCUGAGAUGACGGCGUCUGCAGAGCAGGACUGAGGGUGUGAAUGAGGGCGGGAGGCCGCCGAGCUUCGAUGCAUCGCUGUUUGAGUUUUAAAUUUACAUAAUAUUCUCAAAAAAUCCAGAUUGGGAGAGACGACGUGUGAGCGUUGAUGUUUCUGGGAUAAAGAAAAGUCUCAGGAGCAGGAUUUUAUUUGGAAGAUGAAUUUGAGUUUGUCUCCGACUGCGAGUCUCCAGAACAAAAUCUGAGCCUUCAGCCUGAGUCAGAAACUUUAAAUCAAACUUGGAUCUGACGUGAACAUCGGCCGACUCGUGCACAUCUCUUCAAUAGUUACGGUCGGAGUCAGUGUGAAGGACGGAAAAAAGUUUCAGCGUCAUUAAAACAAGUCAAAGCACAAAAUGAGCAGGAACGAGCAGAUUGGGCCUUUUUCACUCUAAAGCUACACAAGGAGCAAAUAUAUUCUUGGACACCCCCUGGUGGCCACAUUUUAAAAUUGUAUGCACUCUGUUAAGAUUAUAAAAAGGAACGACAGUAAAAGACGACAAAGACAAUAUUCACUUCCUGUGUCGACACCCGCUGGAAUUAAUUCAGAAUCUUAAGUGUCAUGAUGAUAAAUCUCGUCGCUCGUGCAGAUUUAACUCUUCAGUAAAUUUGAUUUCAAAGACUUGGGUGAGUUAGUUCCCCCCCCCCCCCUCACAAAACGAACAGCAGUAUUUCAUCAUUUAGUUUGAGACCCAUUUAACUUCCUGCUUCCUCAACCAAUGGCUGGAGCGAGAACACUUGAACACGGACGACCUUCUGCACGAGCCGCCUGAUCAUCUCUGUUCUGUGCAGCCGACAGGGAACGGAACUGUAAAUACAAACUUGUCGCGUAACUCAGGUUUCUAUGAAUCAAGACGAUGCAUUUUUAUAUAUCGCAGAGCACAGACGUGGGGGAUGGGAGAGAGACUUUUAUCAGAGAGAUUCUGGAGAAUCAGAAGAAGAAUUAAAUUCCAAAACUCGAUCGACGCAUUUUGUCUUUAUGGACGUCUUGAAUCAUCCUCAGACGCCUUGUUUUGGAAUCUGACUCAUGCUCAGUGAUGAAGAUGAUGAUGAGGUGUCAUGACUGGGAUGGACAGAAUCAUGUGUCAGCUGAACCCUUUAAAAACUCACCUGUGUAGCAGAAACAAUAAUUCAGGCUUCAGAUCCUCACAGAAACAUGUUUAAAGGCUUCGUUCACACAAACUACUGAAAACCUCUGCAACGCCUGAAGGUUAGUUUGACAUCAUGGGAAAUCUUUUCUUUUUUUAAGAUGAGAGGAAGACGAAGAAAGGCUCAAACAUCAGAUUUGAUCAUGUCAGAAAGGCUCAAACAUCAGAUUUGAUCAUGUCAGAUAAGGAAAACUUUCACACCAAGCUGUUUCCAAAAGUUAAGAAUGUUUUACAGUAGUUUGGGUGAACUGGUCCUUUAAGUUGAACUUGUAGGAAAACACUCUGAUCAGGUCGUCAGGUCUCUUCGGUGGAUCUCAUCAGCGUGAAAGAAUCUCGAGGAGUCGUGAACUGUGUCGGACUGAAGACGGCGAGCACUUAAAAAGAAAAGCGUGCGUUCAGGGGACUGAUCAGAAACUGCUUCUUCCUCCGCUCGAGUCAGCAUCAAGGGAUAAAACCUGUGGUUUGAUUUUAUUUUCUACAUCAUAUGAAAUAUAUAAAUGUUGGUCUUUGCCUCGUCUAUCGAUGUGCAGCUCUGGGAUAAAGGAAUGUAAAAGGAAUGAUUUUUUUCUUUCUCUGUAAACGGGAACAGCUUCUCUCUUCUUCUGUUUUCUGCUUCUGUCAGAGACGUUCGGCCCUGCUGCCAAGCCAGCGCUCUGUUUUUGUACCUGCAGCGAGAGUUGGACUUUCUAUUAAAAGCAAUAAAAAGAAUAAUCAGCA